CAAACUCCACACGGGCGGGGCCGGGGAUUGAACCCCGGUCCUCAGAACUGUGAGGCAGACGCUCUAACCAGUGGGCGACCAUGCCGCCUCAGCUCCAACUAUAACUCGAAAUCUAGAAUUGAUCACUGGCUCGUCACCAAUCAAAUUUUAAAUUAUAAUAUCAGCUCUGAUAUUUCAUUGUGUUAUUCACCAAUAUAUUAAACCAAAACGUAGAAUUUUACCAAAUAAAUACUGGAAGUUUAUCUACUAAAUAAUACUGUGAACAUAUUAAAUCGAUAAUUAAAGCGAUUAUUAAUUUAGACGAAAUAAUAACACCGAUCAAAAAGAAAAAAGACGACAAAGAAGGAGCACAAGAAGAAGCACAAGAAGAAGAAGAGGAAGCCGAGGAAGAAGAAGAAGACGACGACAACGACGAAGUAGUUGAAGAAGAAGAAGUAGUAGUAGAAGAAGAAGAAGGAGACGAAAACAAAAAAGAAGACGACGACGACGAAGAAGAAGUCGUAGUAAAAGAAGAAGAAGGAGACGAAAACGAAAAAGAAGACGACGACGAAGAAGAAGUCAGUGCUGCCUCCAUGCAGUGGUGAAUGUACGAGUUGAGAAUUAACAGAAUCAGCACGUUCGCUCCAUAAUUCGUGAGUUUUCCCCCUAUCAAAUAGUCCCCCCCCCCCAACGAGACUUUUGUCGCUCUACACUUCGAACGGUAUAUUUGGGGUCCAUCUUGCUGUCCAUGUUUUGAGAUACAGCUGAAGAAGGCAAGUCAACAAAUGGAAACUCUCCGAGUGCUUGAGCUUUACAGUGGGAUAGGUGGGAUGCAUUAUGCUCUGAAAAAGUCCGGAAUAUCUGGCCAGGUAGUGGCGGCCAUAGACAUAAACACAACUGCCAAUCAGAUCUACAGGCACAAUUUUCCCGACACCCCGCUCUGGAACAAAACCAUUGAGGGCAUAUCACUUGAUGAGUUCAAUGAAUUGCGCUUUGACAUGAUUUUGAUGAGUCCUCCGUGUCAACCGUUUACCAGGCUGGGACUCCAGCGGGAUAUUGCUGACCCCAGAACCAAGAGCUUCCUCUAUAUUCUUAAUCUUCUGCCAAGACUGAGUCAGCUUCCCCGCUUCAUCCUGCUUGAGAAUGUCAAAGGUUUUGAAAGUUCCUCUGCCAGGCAAUGUUUAGUCGAAAAGCUGCUCAAAUGUGGCUACACUUUCCAGGAGGUCAUGGUCUCUCCCACGAGUGUUGGGAUCCCAAAUUCAAGACUGCGUUACUUCUUCAUGGCUAAGAUUUCAACGGAAGCGAUUUGUUCAAAGGAUUCCCAAUUGUCGCUGCUCCCUGCUGAGACUGAGUCCUCUCAGGAGCCUACCCUUUCAAUUCCUCUGCAGCCCCUGACAAAAGAGGAAGAAAUGGAAGGUCAUGUCCAUUAUAAACUCGAGACGACAAAUGAUGUUCUAAGAAAGAGGACUCAGAAUAGUGAUUUGUCAGUCAGGCAGAUCCAAGACUUCCUUGAACCAGAGGAGAAUGUUGACAUCGAUCGAUAUCUUGUUCCUUCUAAAAUACUGCUGCGUUAUGCUCUAAUCUUGGAUAUUGUCAAACCCAUCUGCCGGAGGUCGAUCUGCUUCACCAAAGGCUAUGGGCGGUAUGUGGAAGGAACUGGCUCAGUACUGCAAAGCUGCCUGGAAACAGAGACUGAGAGUGUGUUUAAAUAUCUGGACCAGGUCUCUCAAGAAGAAAAACUGCAACAUCUGCUGAGACUAAAGCUUCGUUAUUUUACCCCCAGAGAAGUAGCCAACAUAAUGGGCUUCCCACAAAGCUUUUCCUUUCCAGAGCAGAUCCCUAACAAGCAGCGUUACAGAGUUCUAGGAAAUAGCCUCAACGUCGCGGUGGUGGCGACAUUGCUACACCAGCUGAUCAAGUGUUGAACAACGAAGGCCAAAAAAUAAAAAAUAAACUAUC